CCACUACUACCACCACAUUCCAUCAAAAUACCAGCGUCGGAUCCUCCACGGCACACACGGCCAAAAAAGCCUAACCACUCUUGUCUCCCAGCGACCCCGGCCAACCCCAGCGGCCUGCCCACACCACAACACCACACCCCCAAGCCGUCCACCUCGACCUGUCUGCCUAAGGAUCCUCUCCAUCACGGCCAGCGACCCUCUCACCACGCAAACAACGCACCAAGCACCAUGGCCACCGCAGUGCAGUCUGCGAUGACAAUGGCGCACUUCAACAGUCACCCCAACCAAUGCAUCGACCCCGAGCAGGAGUUCUUCGACUUCGGCGCCCUUCCCUCCCCGACACCCGCAAACCUCAAGCGGGAAUCGAGCGCAACAUCGACCAUGGCGAGCCCGACGAGCACGGCCAUCGACGAAGACCAGCAGAUCCCCUCGAAGCCCAGCCACGAGUAUGAGCGCUUCAAGCAGCAGACGGGCCUGCCCUCGGGCUCCAUCGCCGGCCUCAAUGCCGCCUACAACCCAGGCUUCUCCAUGUUCUCGUCCACGGGCUUGGACGAGAUGGCUUUGAUGGGCGGCGACUCCGUCAUGGACGCUUCGUGGAGUACUGGCUUACCCAUGGACUCGGCCAUGAACAUGGGCAUCAACUACCAGCCGCCGGGCUACCUGUUCAACGACGCUUCGCAAGACGACUUUGUCGAUCCGAGUGCCAUUACACAAGAGGAGAUGCCAAACGUCAGGGUGUGGCCCGGUAUGCAUCAGCAGCAGGCCGCUCUAGCCAAGGCACAGGCCCAACAGCAGCAGCAGCGACAGCAGCAACAGCAGCAACAACUCGCCCACCAGAAACAGCAGCAGCAACAGCAACAACAACAGGCCAUGCAGGCACAACAACAGAACCGUCUGCAACCCCCCAGCCAGGCCGGCAGGAAGACGUCGAGCCCUCUGAGCGACGCCCGCACGGAGGAGACCAUCGCUCGCGUCGUCGCACAGAUCCGAGCCGACAGCCAGAACGCUUCGUCGUCCAUGCAGAACGACGGACAAGGCCUCCUUCCCCACAUCAUCCGCGCCAAAAAGGACGAAGACGAAAUGGACGAGGACGAGAGGCUACUCGCCUCCGACGAGGGAAAGAAGCUCAGCUCAAAGGAACGCCGCCAGCUCCGUAACAAGGUGUCUGCUCGCGCCUUCCGCUCUAGGAGAAAGGAAUACAUCGGCCAGCUUGAGGGUGAAGUCGCCAUGAAGGUCAACGAAGCCAACGACCUCCGCACUCAAAACCGCCUGCUGUUGGAGGAAAACGCCCGCUCUCGCGCCUUCAUCGAGCGCCUGCUCCGCCACCAGGCCUUUGGUCCCUUCCUCGAGGAGUUGUCCCGCGACGAGGCUCUCCAGCCCAAGGCUCCCAUGGCCUCUAUGCCAUCAGCCUCGACCCCGGUCGUCGCCGCACCAGCACCAGCACCGUUUCAGAACCAGCAGUUUUCUGGCAUGCCAGAGAAUGAGAACGUCCACGUGGGCAUGACCAUGGUCCCCGAGACUCACCUUGACUUUUCAAUGCUCAACUUGAACAACAACGGCAACAACUGGGGUGCCAGCAACGGCUUCAACUUCCAGCAACCUCGCGUCUUCGCCCUCCUAGAGGUGCCCGCCGGCCCAGCCAACCCCCUCGACACUGAGGCCAUGUCUGGCAAGGGCUACAGUGCCAUGUUCAACGCCGAGGAUGACUCGUCUGUUGAGGAGGUCAAGCUUGACUACCCCGUCAUCGAGCGUCCGGUUCAGUCUGAAUCUACCUGUGCUAUCGUUGUCGAGGAGGAGGAUGAGGACCCUGAGUAUGAUCUCUACAACUCAUCGCCUGCCCGUUCUGCUCCUGCCCCGGUCGCUGCCUCGAUUGAAAACCACGAAACACUCUUCACAAACUCCGACAAGGCGCUCGCACACUUCUCUUUGGUUCUCUCAGACGAGGCCGAGGAGGCACGGUUAGCGGAGCGCCUGGAGAGGAGAAUCGCCGCCAUGGAACCCGCUCUUCAGAGGUUAGCAGCUAUUACCGCCAUGCUCGACUCAUGACCCUUAGCGGGUUGCCAUUCGCUUCUUCCCCACAAUGCUUUACACAAUGAGCACUUGAGCGGGCCCUCUUUUCAUAGACUGUUUAGUAUGACUGUAUGAUUUCUUUUGGUAAGAUAUAUCUAGGUUGGCCACUGUGUCUUCCAGCGAGACCGAUCGGGCGUCAAGACCCCUUUCCUUUGUUCAAGGUCAAUUGGCUGUGGCUACAGCAGGCCCGGGUCGGCGUCAACAGUCCUUUUUUAUUAGCGUUUUCUUUGUGUAUAUUGAAUGGUAUAGGCUGUGGAGGAAAGAUGUAUGUAGAUGACUGAAUAUAUAUCAAUAAGGCCACACUGCCCUCUUCGAACUGUUUGUGAUGACCCUGUCCACACCCUACUACAACUUGGACUUACCACAUGAUAGGAGCAAGAGUGUC